ACUGUUGGCAAGUGUAAGGUGAAUAACGCUUGCGCGCCGUUUCCAAAAUGACAAACACCUUGUCGUGCGUUGCCGCCGCCGCCGCCGCCGCAAUCAGCACAUGCAUUUUCCUGCGGCAGUCUGCUGGCGUUUCCGGCGCUCGGUGGUGAGGAUCGCGUCGCGCGCGCCCCCGAUGGACAGGGCCAUGUCCAUGCGCCGCCCGCCUGCCCGCAGCUCUCAUGGUCGGUGGUGGCAAAAGCGGCCCGGGGGCUAGCAAGGGCCCCGCCGCCACGAUCGACCCUUCCUCGCCCUCGCCGCUCUCCGCCUCUUCGUCCAGCAGCGAUGAGCCCAGGCCGGGGGCGGCUCGCCGCGUCCGCCGCGACCGCCGCCUCCACUCCAUCAUCCAGAGCCGCGAAAACUCGCCCUCGGUGCAGCUGCAGGUGCCGCCCUCGGCGGUGCAGCAGGCCUCCCCCAGCAUCAUGGAGGAAUUGUUCAACACCUUCUUCCCAGACGUCCCGUCCGCGGCCACGGCCAUUCCGUCCACAUCCUCCGCCGGUGUUCAGCAGCAGCACACGCAGCAGCAACCCUUCUCAACAAUGAUUAUGGAUGGCCUGGAGUCACUGCAGGUGCCCCAUGCCUCUUCAGCCCUCGCUGACGCCUCCUCCGCAGUAGUUUCCUCGCAACAUAGCUUCAACGUGCUCUGCUUCGACACCGCGUACAAGGAGCCCAGCGCCUCCAGUGAAAGUGGAGGAUCGCCCCUGCCCGCGGCCACCGGUCUCGCCGGCACCCCCAGCGACCCCACCGGCUCCGAGCCUGCCCCCGGAGACCUCAACACCCCCGUCACUACCUCUGGCGACAUCCCGACCUUCUUCGGCCCCUCGACCGUCGUCGAACCCCCUCCUAUCACUGGUACUCAGGACUUGUCGAUCGACCACCCCUCGUCGACGAGUCGCGGCACUCCGGAGCCGCGCGAGAUCAGCAUAAUCAGCAUCAACCCUGACGUGCAGGAAGAAGACGCGUGCAGCAUGUUCCCGAGCAAACCCGGCGUGCCGAGCUCGCCGAGCGGGAUGGGCAGUCCGGUGCCGUCCGGCGGGCCCAACAUCACGUACCGCGGCGUGUUCACGACGACGGGCAGCUCGCAGGGCAACUCUGGCGCCGGCAACACCAGCGGCAUCAACCACUGGAUCCUGCCGAGCAGCGAAAAGGGUCUGUUCCCGUCGCUGUUCAGCGUUUUGCCCCCGCAGCAGCAGCCGCACUACGGCAGCGCCCCCUCCCCCCUCAACUACGACGAGCGGGGCCCCGGCACCCCUCCGCAGCGGCCCAGCGCCUUCGGCCAGCAGGGCGACCUCCUCAACCUGCAGCUGGACGCGUGCGGCUCCAACCUGCCGCUGAAAAUCCCGCAGACCUUCUCCAGCUGCUCCGAGACCAGCGACCUGAUGUACUCGCGGCUCGGCCAGCAGCAGCAGCAGCCCAAGUACCAGUGGCUGGAGCCGCAGGAGUACGCCGUGCCGGGCCCGUCGGGCCUCAUCCCCAAGCAGGAGCCGCAGCAGUACCAGUCGGAGCAACCGGCGCCGGCGCCCACCCCCACGGGCAGCACCACCUCCUCCAGCAACACGCAGCAGUCGAUGGCGCCCGGCGGCGGCUCCUCGGCGUUCUCCUCCGUCCAACUCGCAGAGUACAAUCCCUCCACGAGCAAAGGCCACGAGAUCCUGUCGCAGGUGUACCAACAGAGCCCCAUCCCCCUCAAGCUGGUGCCGGUCAAGCCGCGCAAGUACCCGAACCGGCCGAGCAAGACGCCGGUGCACGAGCGGCCGUACGCGUGUCCGGUGGAGAACUGCGACCGCCGCUUCAGCCGCUCUGACGAGCUCACCAGGCACAUCCGGAUACACACCGGCCAGAAACCGUUCACCUGCCGCAUCUGCAUGCGCUCCUUCUCGCGCUCGGACCACCUCACCACCCACAUCCGCACGCACACCGGCGAGAAGCCGUUCAGCUGCGACAUCUGCGGCCGCAAGUUCGCGCGCUCCGACGAGAAGAAGCGCCACGCCAAGGUCCACCUCAAGCAGAAGAUGAAGAAGGAGUCCAAGAUGGCGGCCGGAAGCGGCGGCGGCGGCGGCCACCACCAGGCCCACUCGCAGCAGCAGCAGCACCAACAACAGCAACAACAACACCCCUCCUCCCACCACCACAACGUGCACCCCCAGCACAUGCACAUGCACCCCGGCACCCCGUCGGGCAGCAUAGGCGACGACCUCCCCGUGGUGACCACCUCCCUGUAGGACUCCUGUUAGUUGCUUUUUUAGACUCUCCAGAGAAUUGAGUAUGAAAAUAUGCGCGCGCGUUUCUCACAACACUGUGUUCCAACUUCAUAUUAUUAUACAUUGUUAUAAGUAUAAAUAUGGAAAAAACAGAAACGAUCGAGGUUCUUAAUACACACAAAAUUAAGAAAAUCUCCUUUUUAAUAGAAUAUUAUUAUUAUUAUUAUUAUAUAUAAAUAUUAAUGUGAGUGUCUGUGAUUUUACUAAAUUAUUGCGGUUGUCUAUAAUAUAUAAUAUUGAUUGAUUCACACACACACGUUUUGCACAUUCAAGAUCAACGCGACGUACGUGUCUUUUCCUAUGUGCUCUCUUAACUGUGCACAAGCGCAAUAUUUUAUAUUAUUUUUCGUCCGACUUCCUGCGUUAACAGCAUCCUCGUGCGGCAGGGUAAACUCGUGCAAUCGAUACUGCGCGACAGAAUAAUUGGCGAGCACCAUUGACAUUUUAUUUUUAUUGCGUUCUGAACAACACACACAAAAUCGUGAAAUCGAUUGGCUUUAUAAAUACAAAAGAGAUUAAAUUCCAUGACAUUUUUUCCUACUUAAUAGGAUUAUUUAGAAUCAUUAAACAUUUAUCAUGAUUUUUCCCUUUUAUUUAAUUACUACCAGUUACCUCAGUUAGUCCUGUGCAGGAAAACGGCACGAAUUUUUACUGAAAAAAUUAAAUUAUUUUUUGAACAAAUUUUCCCCUCGCUCACAUACUUCUUCUCCAAUUGGACAUGUGCGUUUGUGUAUUUUGCAUUUGAAACUUCAAAUUCAUUGCGUGCCAUCACUUGGAAACAGGCUUGUAAAUCGUAGGUUUACACAAAUUAAUGGAAGAUCUCUUAAUAUCAAUGACUAUGCUAAAUGCGCGAGAUUCUAACAGAUAAGUGAUUCUGAUUAACUUUCUCAUUCACGACACAAAACGUGCAAUGAAAUUAAAAACAGAUUUUUUUUCUAUCAAAUUAAAAAAGUAUAUUUUACAAUUUUUGAAUGAUAGAUUUAUUUUAUUAAAUUAUUAUUAUUUUUUUUAAUUGCAAACUUUCUGUUUUUUCAAGUUUUUUCUCCUCCCAGUAACGCAGCAUUAACGCUAGUCCUCGUCAAUUCUUUUGCUUUGCCGACCAUCUUAAACAAGGACCUUUACAUUUUGCUGCAACCAAAAGAUGAUUGAAAAUUAAAUAAUAUUGCCAAUCCGACUACCUGCUCGAAAAAAUAUCACACAUACACACAAACACAGAGACACGUAAAAAUUGAGAGAUCCAAAAAGCUAUUUUGGUACUGCGCGCCCUUUGCCAUUUCUUGCGGUUGAGAUGCUGAAAUUUGCAGUAGAUCCAAGAAUAUAUUUUUGUGUAUGUUUGGGCUGACUGAUGUCUAUAAUAUUUAAAUUAUUUAUUGUUGACAGUGUUAAACACGUACAGAUCUUUCACUUGUAACUGGCUCAAAAACUGUAUUGAUUGCGGGGGUACAAAUAUCCUCUCAUAAUCGUGCGCGUGCUUGUCAGGAAGUUGAAAGUGUCCGAAAUUGACAAGGCAUGCAGCGUAAUAUUUUUGUAUUUGCGUUAGAAAUGUAUCGAGAGGAGACGUUGUGAGAAAAUAUGUGGCCCUUAGUUAUAGGCAAAGUGGGUGUAGACGACGAGCAAUUGGAAAAUAGAAAUGAGGCGAAUACUUGAUGCGUGUUUCAAAAGAUUUGAGUUUGUGAAUUUGAUUUUUUCGGAGCUUCCCCAGAGCACCGAAUCACACACUUUUAUCACAAUAAUGCAGAAAAAGAGGGAACUCUUUAAAUGUCAUCAGCUCAAAACGCAAGCAAAUAAUAUAACAGUCCAUUUUGGCAGCCCGUGAAAUAUUUAUGUGUUUUCCUCUUUUUGAUUUUAUUCAAGCUCCGUUGAUUCACAAACUUUUACCUUUUGAAACACCCACCGAUUUUAAGAUUUUUCGCCCAUUUCCUUCUUUAUCUCCUUUGAAAAUUUCUCUAUAAAUCAGAACGUCGUUUUCUCUUCUACUUACAAUUUGUUGAGUGUAAAUAGUCCUGCUCUGUAUAUAAGGCAUCUCGUGCAAGUUGUAAUGAUGAAUUAAUAAUUAUGCAUUUUGUAAGAUUCUCAAUUUUUGUUGCAGAAAAUAUUUAGUUUCGUGAUUGGCGGACACACUGAAAAUGCCGCUCACAUUGUUGCCAAAUAACAGCGCUAAUACAUAUUUUUUGUGUAUAGUUUAUUUUUUAAAAAAUCGAUUACAAUUCUGCGGAGUGCAAAGUUGUUGAUGGUGAAAAAUUAUAUUAAUUAAUACAUACGUGCUGCUGAGUAUUACACAUUCCUGACUAAACAAAUUAACGCUUAAGUUUAAUUAUAUUUGAGCACCGUUCGCGGUAAAAAUCGUUUUUAUUUUACCUAGCUGAUGGUUUUAUUGCGUUUUUCAUUUUUGAUUUUUAUUUUUUUGUUCAUGUGUAAAAGAAAUGCAGGCAAAAUGAGUGAAUGAGUGAGCAAAAACAAACAAACCACUUUAGACAUCCUCAAAGAAUCUUUUACCCGCAAAUAAAAUAAUUAACAUGCCUUGUGAAGAAAUCUAUCUGGAGACGCGCGCGGCAACUUAAACGAAUCGCAAAUCUGCUGCUCAUGGCCUAAUUAGCUGAAUUUUCAGAACAGUUUAAAUUAUUUAAGAAUAAACGCUGGUGCCAAAUUUUGAAGUAAAAAGAACAUGAAAAAAUAUAUUAUCGAGGUUAGAAAGCAGAGGCAUUUUUAUAACGAUUGGCAAAAACUGCUUGGUUUCUAAAUUUACUGUAGCUUCACAACUGUAUUCACAAUUGUAACUGUGGCCUUUUGAGAUGCACUUUUAAGAAGGAGCGCUGGUUACUCUGAUUUUACUGGACUCAUUUAGAAAAUAGAAUAUAUUAUGUAUAUACAUUGAUUGGAUAUUUGAAAAACCGCGACUUUAAAUCCGAGCAAAAAUUAUCUCAACUUUAUUAGUUUUACUGGAGUGGGUUGAGCCACACAAAUGCACAAUUAAGCAGGCAAAAAUUUUGAGAAUGGGCUGUGACCAAAUACUAUAAAUAUUAGCAGUACUUGGCUGUAGUUCGAGGGAUGUCAACCCCUUUGGCCGCUUAAACCGUUCUAGAUGCGCGAAACAUUGUUUUUAAAUUAAUUAUUUGCGGUGCGAUUAGGCUUCUGAUCAUGAAACAUAAUCUGGAUUAUUUUAUUUCCGCAAAGUGUCUUUGCAUGCUGACGAAAUUUACAGAAACAAAAUAUGAACCUGAUGAGAGUGUUUUAAAAAGAAAAAAAAAUAUGUACUUGAAUUUAUUACAUAUAAAAAUACUAUAAGAAUGUACAAAAAGAAACAGGCCUAAGUGUAAAAAUAUUGCAUACAAAUUAAUAUGCAAAGUGAUGUGUCAAGUUUUGCUACUUGGAUUAUUUAAUAAAUAAUUAUUGCAGUAGUCAUUGUAAAAAAGCUUUCAUUAUUUGAUGUUUGCAUUUCGCGCGUGGUUCAUAUAUUUCUGUACCGUUUGGAAAAGAUGAUUGAAAUUAAUUCGGUGUCUUUCCACACGUCUCUGUUCCAGUUAAAUGUAGCUGUCAUACGAAAAAAAUAAAUACAUUUUAAAUUUGAUGGUUUUGCGCUGCUGCUUAAUUAUUCCUUUGGAUAAAAAAAUGUGUGCAUCUUCAAAUUUUCUAGAUUCUCUCUAUCAAUGGCAUUUGAAUUUUCCUGUUCAUGCUCUCCAUUCAUUGCACACGAAGCAUCCAUUUGGAUUUAUGGGAAAUUGUGUUUUGUUGAAUGUUCCACGAUUACCUUGACUUUGAUUUAAUCUGGCAAUUAAUGAACGUAUCAUAUAUAUUUGAACAAUGAGAGAGAAUGUUGCAUAUGAAGAAAAAAAAUGAAAAAAACAAUAAAAUAUUCAGCUCGUAAAAUAACGUGUUUCAU